AUGGGCAAAAACGACAACAACAAUGCCAAUUCUUCGCGAGCAGAACCUUUGCCAAUUUGUGGAAACUCUUCCAUUCACAAAGAUUCGGUAUUUUCAUAUAAUGAAGAUCUCAAGAUAGUGGUGAACUUUGCAAGUCCUUCAAAUCCUCCACCACCGCCACCGGUGAAGGCAUCAACUCCACCGCCGCCGCCGCCAAUUAAGGCACAUACUCCACCACCGCCACCAGUUAAGGCACAUACUCCUCCUCCACCACCAUCAGUUAAGGCACAUACUCCACCACCGCCACCGCCACCAGUGAAGGCACAUACUCCUCCUCCACCACCACCACCACCACCAGUUAAGGCACAUAUUCCUCCCCCACCACCAAUUAAGGCACACACUCCACCACCGCCACCACCACCCGUUAAGGCACAUACUCCUCCACCACCGCCACCAAUUAAGGCACAUUCUCCACCGCCACCGCCACCACCACCACCACCAGUUAAGGCACAUACUCCACCACCACCACCAAUUAAGGCACAUUCUCCACCGCCACCACCACCACCACCAGUUAAGGCACCACCGCCACCGCCACCAAUUAAGGCACCUACUCCACCUCCACCAGUAGUGAAGCCCCCUGUUGCUUCAGCUCCACCACCUCCCAUUGUUAAAUCCAAGAAGGAUUGCAUUCCACUGUGUGCUCAUAGGUGCCAAAAGCAAAGAAGGAAAAGAGUGUGCAUGAGGGCAUGCACGGCUUGCUGUGACCGCUGCAAAUGUGUCCCUCCAGGAACUUAUGGUAACCGCGAAAUGUGUGGCAAAUGUUACACUAAUAUGUUGACUCAUGGCAACAAAUACAAGUGCCCAUAGAAACCUAUC